CUCGUGUAACUGACACUGUUGUCACCGCGGGGAAAAAAACGUGGAAAGUGUGUUCUAGUCUGCAAAAAAACAUGCGCGUUGGAAGUAUUGUCAGCGGAUAUGAUCGGACAUUAUAAUUUAUUUUGCAAAAGAAUGAAGCAUUAGUUUUUUUCUCAUUUUAUCUCCGACAAGUGAUAAUUUAAAUAUUUUGCACUGAAGUGUGUGAUAUCAAUGUGUAUACCAUGUUCAUCAAAGAUCAUUUUAAUUUGCGUCAUUUGCGAGUAAACUGGUGUACAUUAUAGCAAAAUUUUAUGCAAUUAUGAAAAACAUAUUUUAACGAAAUGGCAAAAACUAUUUUCUACGCGUGUACAGAAAUGUGAAGAAGUUCAGUUGUAUAAAACAACAAAAGGAAUAGAACAUUUGUGAUCUUCAAACCCCUGGACUAAACUAUGUCUCCUAAACUGAGUGGUCCUUGUACAGUGUUCAGAAUAUGGUGGAAAACUGUACUGGCAAUUUCGAUACCUCUGGCACUUUUACCGAUACUAGUACUUUAUGACUCUGAGGAGGCCAGAUGUGGUUACGUAGUAUUAUGGAUGGCACUAUAUUUCAUGUUGGAACCAGUGCCCUUAUCCGUAACUGCUCUGAUACCAGUUGUGGCCUUUCCUUUUCUUGGUGUUUUGUCAACUGCUGAAGCAUGUUUACCGUACAUGAAAGAUACCAUCAUGAUGUAUGUUGGAAGUCUCAUGUUGGCAGUAGCAGUAGAACAUUGUAACCUUCAUAAAAGAAUAGCUCUAAAAGUGCUUCUAUGCAUAGGAACUGGCGCAAGGUGGCUCAUGCUGGGUUUCAUGCUUACCACCAUGUUUCUCUCAAUGUGGAUCAGUAAUACAGCAACUACUGCGAUGAUGGUUCCUAUUGUUGAUGCAGUUCUAAACGAGCUCGAGAAAGAAGAAAACGAAAAAGAGCCACUGAAAAAUGAAAUACCAGUCAGUUUGAUUACGAUUCCUUCAAAUCUAUCUCCGUCCAUUUGGGGUGUUGAAGCAGGCAAAAAUCACUAUUCAGUGAAUCUGCAGCUUUCAAACUCUUCUAGUCCAGCAAAAGACUAUCGAAAACUGAGAGAUUCCUUACUGCUCAGCAUUGCUUAUGCAGCCAACUGUGGUGGCACUGGCACAAUGAUCGGUUCUGGGCCCAACUUGGUGCUCAAAGGUCUGAUGGAAGAAUUGUAUCCACAGUCAGAUGAACUAAGCUUCGUGUCUUGGCUUAUGUACAACGUGCCUGUAAUGGUACUUUGUGUGCUAAUCUGCUGGAUUGGACUACAGUUAUGCUUCAUAUCUUGUUGCUCGAAAGAAGACAAAAAGACUGGCGCGUCUGCAAAGAAAGCCGUCCAAAACAGCUAUCGAGAAUUGGGCAAUCUAACAUUCCAUGAAUUAGCGGUGGCAACUUUAUUUAUUCUUGUAGUAUUCCUGUGGUUUCUUCGUGAUCCUCAAUUCUUAGAUGGUUGGUCAACGUACUUAAAGAAUGGAAAAAACAUUCGAGACGCAACUCCAGUCAUAGCAGUCUGUUUAUUACUAUACAUCAUUCCAUCAAAACCAUCCUUUACUGAAUCCAGUCCACCACUGCUAGACUGGAGGACAGCUCAGCGGAAAAUCCCAUGGGGCAUUCUUCUAUUGUUAGGUAGUGGAUUUGUGGUUGCUGAUGCAGCUAAAAAAUCUCACUUGUCCAUCUGGCUGAGCUCUCAAUUAUCUUCCAUGAAUUUGCUUUCACCUGGUGCGAUUGUAAUCAUCUUAACCUUCAUGGCUUCUGCUUUGACAGAGGUCAUCAGCAACAUGUCCAUGGCGACCAUCAUGCUGCCAGUAGUCAGUGAAAUAGCAGAAGCAGUUCAAGUUCAUCCUCUUUUUUUAAUGCUGCCUGUUACAAUUGGAUGCUCUUUCGCAAUGAUUCUACCUGUCGGUAAUCCGUCCAACGCCAUUGUCUUUGAAGCAAGUUCUAUGAAGACAUUCGAUAUGAUGAAACCAGGAGUGUUGCUGAAAGUUUUAUGCUGCAUUGUUGAAAUCUUAAUGAUUCAGACUCUAGGGGUGUAUGUGUUCAAUCUUAAAACAUUCCCAGAGUGGGCAAACAAGCACGACUUGUUGCCAGACGCUUUAAGUGCAGCAGGAAACUUCAACAGUACAGAAAGUAUGAAUAUGUCUUCCAUCUUCGCCAAUUAACUCUUCAAUGAAAGGAAAAAAUUAGGUCACUGAAUUAAACCUUUGAAAAUGUUCGACGGGUGUUAAUUGCACACUUCAAAAGUAAAAAGAAACUCACGAGUGUCAUAGACUAGCUGUGAUUCCGGUGGCAGUCUGGUGGAACGCAUGGGCUAUUGAUGACUUUUAUAUUCCUCAAUUUGUUCUUCAUGACU